CUCACUCUCUCUCUCACUCACUCUCUUGCUCCACUAUCCUAUAUAAGGAGCAGGGAAGGGCAGUGGCCUAAGCCAGCGUUGAAUCCUUCGUAAGAUUGCAUACUUUCCACACCAUUCAAGCUCUAAACCACCCGCCCCCUCUACAUCACUGCUUGCCGUCCCAGAAGCGUAUAUAUAUAAGAGAGACACAGUAGGAAGAGUAUGGUGAUGGGAACUCGUUCCCUACCCAAAACGGUGGUGGAUAUGAGCAUAGCAAAGCCCAUAGAAACCAAGGCGACACCGCCGGUCUUCAAUGCCGCCGUCCUCAGUCGCGAGGACUACAUCCCCGAACAAUUCGUCUGGCCCGAGCACGAGAAGCCGACUCCCGACGCCCACGAAGAGCUCUCUGUCCCCCUGAUCGACCUCGGCGGGUUGCGGUCCGGUGACCCCGCUGCCGCGGCCGCCGUCACUAGGUCCGUCGCCGGCGCGUGUGAGCGGCACGGGUUCUUCCACGUCGUCAACCACCGCAUCGACGCAGAGCUUCUGGCGGAGGCGCACCGCGCCGCGGAGGCCUUCUUCGCGAUGCCGUUGGCGGCGAAGCAGCUCGCGCGGCGGAAGCCCGGGGAGAGCUGCGGCUACGCCAGCAGCUUCACGGGGAGGUUUGCGAGCAAGCUGCCGUGGAAGGAAACCCUCUCGUUCCGCUUCUCCCCCUCGCCGCUCGCCGGAGGCGUCGUGCGGGACUACAUCGUCGACGCCCUCGGCGAAGACUUCCGCCACUUGGGGGAGGUGUACCAGCGAUACUGCGAGGCGAUGAGCCGGUUGUCACUGGAGAUAAUGGAGGUGCUCGGAUUGAGCUUGGGAGUGGGGGAGGCACACUUCCGGGACUUCUUCGAGGGCAACGACUCGAUAAUGCGGCUGAACUACUACCCGCCGUGCCGGCAGCCGGAACUCACGCUGGGCACCGGCCCCCAUUGCGACCCCACCUCGCUCACCAUCCUCCACCAGGACGACGUCCGAGGCCUGCAGGUCCUCGCCGACGGCAGGUGGCGCACCAUCAGCCCCAAGCCCGACGCCUUCGUCGUCAACAUCGGUGACACUUUCAUGGCGCUGUCGAACGGGAGGUACAAGAGUUGCCUACACAGAGCAGUGGUGAACAGAGAGGUGCCGCGAAAGUCGCUGGCCUUCUUCUUGUGCCCGGCCACCGACAGGGUGGUGCGCCCGCCAGGGGCGCUGGUGGACGCCGACCAUCCCAGGGCGUAUCCGGACUUCACGUGGCCCACGCUGCUCGAGUUCACCCAGAAGCAUUAUAGAGCCGACAUGAAGACCCUCGACGCCUUCACGAGCUGGAUUCGCCGGGCCGAAGCGACCGCGCCGCAGUGACCGCGACGCACCCAACUUGGACUCGUCAUUUUUGGUUCUCAACAGUAGCUUAUAGAGAUGGAGAGGGAGAGAGAGAGAGAGAGGUAUGCAUCCAAAUGCGUCAAUGAUGAUGGAUAGAAGAGCAAGGAGGCAAAGAGACAAGCUGAGACAGCCUACUUUUUCUGAAAUUGGAAGUGGAUGCAAAUGAACACAUGCUCUCAGCUAGAGUAGCUUGUCCUCCACUGACAGCAGCGUAAUAGUCCCCAACUUUUCUUCAUCUGUAAUGUAGCAUCUUGCACCAGAGGGAGGCUGCCAAUGGUUGGGGCCCUGGCGGCAACAAAGCAAGAUUUCUCUUUCAAGCUCUCGCUUACAUUAGCAGUAGAAAGAAAGAAGAAAGGGAUUUGUCCUGGAAA